UGGGUGGAUGCCCUUCCUUGGCUGUCAUGGCUGCAUGACCUUUUGCUCAGAUGCACCGAAUGGGCGAUCAUAUAUAUAACAGACAGCAAUAUCGUCACCUGACCUGUGCUCAUCGUCUCGGUACUGAAAAACCACGCAACCUCUGCACACACAGAGAAACCAUUUACACCUAGCCACGCUCCUGACUUGAACUAGUAGCCAGCAGCUCACCUGAAACAACUUGCUUAACCAGUCGCGACCCUUUAAUCAUGCCAGACGCACCUAAACAACCCUCUUCCGCUCCCGAGGCCGACAACCCACACCGAACGUUCGAUGGCCAAGAGGAAGGGCACGUCCCCACCUUCCCCGUCCCCGAGCGAAACUUGGGCAAAGACGGCUACCCAGCGCCUUUUGUCCAAGGUGGACUGGACGGGUGGAAGGAAGAGUGGAAGAAGAGUGUGGGGGAUCAGGGGGAUGAGUGGUGGAGAAAGGCGGCCGAGGACAAUUUGUACUGGCACAGGCCGUUCACCACCGUUAGGGCUGGUGGAUUCGAGAACGGAGACACCCAGUGGUUCCCCGAAGGAGGUCUCAACGUCUCCUACAACUGCCUCGACCGUCACGCUUACGCCAACCCGGACAAGACGGCCAUCAUCUACGAAGCCGACGAGCCCGGUCAGGCUAGGGAAAUUAGCUAUGCCGAGCUCUUGAGAGAAACUUGUAGGAUCGCCAACGUCUUGAAAGGGUGGGGAGUGAAGAAGGGAGAUACCGUUAGCAUCUAUUUGCCCAUGACUUGGCACGCAGCGGCGGCGUUCUUGGCUUGUGCGAGGAUCGGAGCGAUCCACUCGACCGUCUUUGCUGGUUUCUCGGCCGAGUCCUUACGAGACCGAGUACAAGAUUGCGAGUGUCGGGUGCUGAUCACUUCCGACGAGGGUAAACGAGGUGGCAAGACGAUCGCUACCAAGGCCAUCGUCGACUCUGCUCUCAAGGAGUGUCCUCUCGUCGAGAAGGUGCUCGUGCUUCAGAGGACGGGUAACGAGGUGCCCAUGGAGAAGGGUCGUGACUUCUGGUGGCACGAAGAGGCUCCCAAGGUGCCUUCUUACUGUGCGCCGGAGAUCAUGAACAGCGAGGAUCCGUUGUUCAUUCUCUACACUUCGGGAUCGACGGGUAAACCCAAGGGAGUCGUCCACGCUAGCGGAGGUUACAUCCUCGGCGCUUUGAUGACCGUCAAGUACGUGUUCGACGUUCACCCGGAAGACCGAUUCGCCUGUAUGGCCGACGUCGGUUGGAUCACUGGACACACCUACAUUGUCUACGGACCUUUGGCUUUGGGUGUGACGACAACCUUUUUCGAAUCGACACCAGUCUACCCGAACGCGGGGAGGUACUGGGAUUUCGUUGAUGAGCACAAGAUCACCCAGUUCUAUACCGCGCCUACUGCCAUUCGUCUCUUGCGACGACUUGGAGAGGAACACGUCAAGACGCACAACUUGUCUACCUUGCGUGUCAUCGGAUCCGUCGGCGAGCCUAUCAACCCGGAGGCAUGGCACUGGUAUAACGACAACGUCGGUCGGGGCAAGGCGACAAUCGUCGAUACCUACUGGAUGACCGAGACGGGUUCCAUUCACGUCACCCCCAUCCCUGGUGUCACCCCCACCAAGCCCGGUUCGGCGACGUUCCCCUUCUUCGGUGUCGACGUCGAGAUUCUCGACCCGAACACGGGUGCCGUACUCGAAGGUGGGGAUGUCGAGGGUGUUUUGGCGUGCAAGAAGCCGUGGCCUUCUCUCGCCAGGACCGUGUACAAGGAUCACGCUCGUUACCUCGAUACCUACAUGAAGCCCUACCCUGGCUACUUCUUCUACGGAGACGCUGCCGCGAGGGAUAAUGACGGGUACAUCUGGAUCAAGGGAAGGGUGGACGAUGUCAUCAACGUGUCGGGUCACAGGAUGAGCACGGCAGAGGUUGAAUCUGCCUUGUUGAUGUUUAGCGGAGUGGCUGAGAAUGCAGUUGUCGGAACUGCCGAUGACCUUACCGGUCAAGCCGUUCAUGCUUUCGUCUGCAUGAAGGAAGAGUCAGAUUACAGCAAGGCGCCCGAAAAGGAGGCCGAGUUGAAGAAGGCACUGGGGAUUCAGGUCAGGAAGGUCAUCGGACCGUUUGCUGCUCCCAAGAAGAUUUACAUCGUCCGAGACUUGCCCAAGACCCGAUCAGGCAAGAUCGUUAGGCGAGCUCUUCGAAAGAUCGCUUCUGGCGAGGGAGACCAGCUCGGAGACUUGUCGACCAUCAGCGAUCCUUCGAUCGUCGAACACAUUAUGGAGGCUGUCAAGAAGGCAUAGCGAGAUGUCGAUCCAUUACGAACAAAGAGAGAAAGAAAGUAGCGUGUCAUGGGCCCAGAUCACCGUCGGAGAUACUAUCCAGAAUGUUGUACCAUCUAAGCGAACAAGCACCAAGCAGCGAAUGAAAGACAAUGUGGAACUUUUGUUAGGGACGCGAUUUUUUCCUUAGGGGCGCGAUUUUUUGACGGCACAAGGGCACAAGGAAGCAGAUUUACAUCCGGAUCUGCGCGCCGCUUUUUGAAGCCCAAUUGAUACAUGUUACCAAGUC